AUGGAUGACCAAUCAAACUUCACUCCCCAUUGGGUACAAAGGCAUCCGCUCACCAUAUGCGUCACCUGUCAACCAACCACGGGAAACUCGCUUGGCACAUGCUUGAACCAACUUCGACACCGAUACAGGCUACUGAUAUGGAUGCAAUACGACACAUUAACCCAAUUUGUAUUGGCUAGGCGACGCGGGAAGGCACAACGAGUCGCUGACGCCCAGAAAAGCGCUGAGCUCAUUGCCGCUGCUGAGGCACACUUUGCUGCGAACAAGGUCACUCUCAAGGCUGGAUCUACUUUUGCCGCUACCAUUCAGGUCUAUUGGCACGUUAUCCAGCUGGAACUACCCAAGGAAACGUCCCCGACAGCCAGAUCACGUCCUCCAUCUCGGCACUCAACAGCCACUACUCUGGUAGCGGCUUGUCGUUCGCUCUUGCGGGUACCGACCGCACUACCAACGCGAACUGGUUCAACUCUGCGGGACCUAGCACUCUUACCAGACCGCUAUGAAGACCGCAUUGCGCAAGGGGGAUGCAAAGCCCUUAACGUUUACACUGUUGGAUUCAAGUCUGGUUCUGGUGCUGGUCUCCUUGGCUAUGCUACCUUCCGUCAUCCUACUCGGGCAACCCCAAGGAUGAUGGUGUUGCAAGACACUCACCACGAAGUUGGACAUUGGCUCGGUCUCUACCACACCUUCCAGGGUGGCUGCUCUCCCGGUGACUAUGUCGAUGACACUCCCCCGAGGCUUCUGCUGCUUCUGGCUGCCCCACUGGCCGUGAUACCUGCUCUGGCGGAGGUGUUGACCCCAUUCACAACUACAUGGACUACUCAUACGACUCGUGCAUUUUACCGCUGGCCAGAUUACUCGCUUGAAGUCUCAAUCGCACUUACCGUGAAACUAAAAAGAGACGAUAAAAAGGUACUACUAGGAAAUACACACGUGGGGAAUGGACCAGAGGACCAAACCUGCCGCUCUGAAUCGAGAGGAGUCGCUGAUGUUGACUAUGUUGAAGGCUCCUCGAAAGACCAUGAUGAAUCGGGGGCCUCAAGUGAGGACAACGACUAUCAGGAAGAGAGUGAAGCAUCUGACGAGGAGGGCUUGGAGGAACAUGCGCCGUUGUCUGGAGAAGCUCUGGCAGAGUUCGAAAAGGCUCAGCAAAAAGCCGGAAUUAUUUAUAUUUCCCGGAUACCUCCUGGUAUGCGACCUGCCAAAGUGAAGCAUCUCAUGUCGAAUUAUGGGAAAGUAGGGCGGGUGUUCUUGCAACAAGAAGAUCCCAAGCGAGCAUAUCUUCGAAAGAAACAUACUGCCACGAAAAAGGUCCAUUACACUGAGGGCUGGGUCGAGUUCGAGUCGAAGCAUGUUGCAAGGUCGGUAGCAGAGAUGCUAAAUGCGCAGCCGAUAGGCGGGAAGAAAGGCACUCGAUGGAGGGAUGACAUUUGGACUAUGAAAUAUUUGCCCAAAUUCAAGUGGAACAUGCUCACGGAGCAAGUUGCUCAAGAGGCUGCUGCACACACUGCACGCUUACGGGUCGAGCUAUCUCAAUCCAAGACAGAACAGAGGGAUUAUCUUCGGAACGUGGAGCUUGCCCGUGUGCUAGAAAAGCGUGCUCAGCGGAAGCGAAAAACAGAUUCGGAUGAAGCUGGAAGAGUUACAACAACAUCUAAAACGACCGAAGACCGCGGACCACCCAAGACCAAAAAACCGCGUGCUAGUCAAAGCACGGCCGCAAACCAUAAGAACAGCAGUGGAGAGACACUGAAUACUGUACUGUCUAGCAUCUUUUAA